AUGACAGCUGAGGUUCAAGCAACAGCCCUUUUGGGUUCCGCACGGUUAAACCUUGCAUUAGUUGGAUUUGUGGGGUUUUUUGUUGUCUUCAUGUCACGUACUGAUGUCAGUUUUGCAAUCGUUUGUAUGGUAAAUAGUACAGCGGUAGAAAUGAUAACUGGUACCAAUGAUGCAAAUGUUACCAAGAAAACUGCGACAUGUGCGCCACGGGAUGAUAGCGAAUUGAGUGAAAGGGAAGCUUAUAUGGGUGAAUUUAUUUGGACAAAAGAUGUACAAGGAUAUGUAUUAACCGCGACAACUAGCGUUUUUGCAUUUAUUAUUGCUCGAGCUAUCAUAGGCUUUAUGCAGGGUGCCAUAUUUCCUGCGUACCAUGCAAUGUGGUCAAUGUGGGCACCACCUCUGGAAAGAAGUUUAUUAACCGGUGUAACAUAUGCAGGUGCUCAAAUAGGUAAUACAGCUGUCAUGCCACUGUCUGGUUUACUUUGCAAAUAUGGAUUUGCUGGUGGUUGGCCAUCCAUCUUUUACGUUAUCGGUACGGCAGGUGUUUUAUGGUGUGUUCUUUGGUUCUCCUAUGUUUCGGAUCGACCAUCUCAGAGCAAACGUAUUUCUAAAAAGGAGCUAAGCUAUAUCGAAAAUUCAUUAGCUGAUAUAUUAGCAUCGGAUUCAAAAAAAAAAAAAGCUGUUCCAUGGCUUGCAAUAUUCAGAUCAGUUCCAGUUUGGGCAGUUUUUUGUGGGCAUUUUGCCGGUGAUUGGGGUGGUCACAUGAUGAUAACCACCCUUCCGUUAUUCAUGAAUGAUGUUUUGGGAUUAGAUUUCGCUUCGCUUGGAUUUUUGACAGCAAUUCCGUACAUUACAUAUUUCGUAUGUAUGAAUUUUGGUGGUUUUACUGCCGAUAAACUGCAGAAAGCAAAUGUUUUAUCAACUAUAGCUAUUCGGCGUCUUGCUAUGAUCAUUUCACUUGGAAGUCAAGCAGUAUUUUUGAUAGCUAGCGGUUAUUGCGGUUGUGGUCAGGAAACCUUAGUAACUAUAUUCCUUACCGUUGGGAUUGGUUUAUCCGGAAUACAAUACUCCGGUUACAUGGUCAGUUAUCUCGACAUUGCACCAGCCUUUGCUGGACCUAUAUUAGGUAUCGGCAAUACGAUACCAUGUAUCGCUGGUAUCAUAGGUCCGGUGAUGGUUGGCUAUCUCACUCCCACGGGUUCACAGCAAGAAUGGCAAUUAGUUUUUGGAUUACCGGUGGAGUCUUAUUGGCCGGUACUACCAUUUUCUGUUUAUUUGCCAAAGGUGAAGUGCAGCCUUGGGCAUUGA